GUCAUUCUAUCUACGAGGCUGGCUGUGUGUGGUGCACUUAUGCACAAACGGUGCCAUUGCUGUUUACGACACUGUCAGACCGCAGUGCAGCGGAGGAACAAGCACCUGAUGGAUGAAUACAUUCAUCCGGGUGAAUACUGAUGAGGAACGCAGCCUAGGCCACUCUUCUUCACAACAGUUGCCACCUUGACUGCCCGUUCCACAGCCGCUGUCACCGUGUCAGGUUUCCACCAUGCUGUGCUGCACCGCUUGUCUCCAACAGAGGUCAUAAUGUCUUUAAUCACAAUAAUAAAGGACAAGGAUUUGCCCCCGAUCUGCGCGCAGACGCGUCCGAAAAGCGCCGUCCCAGACAGGUGAGCGCACAAACGCACUUGGCAAAAGAGCCAGAGCUUAAAAGAAAAAAAAAAAGAAAAAGAAGAAAAAAGACUGACUGUCAAAUUCCGUAGCCACGCCACACUUCAGCAGUGUCGCUGACUUAUUAAUGUGCGUGGAGUGAACAGAGACCGCCCCUAAUAAAGCCUCCAAUCGCCCACCGCCGCAAACAUCUUUAUUAUUGUCGCUGAUGUAAUUGUAAUAAUAAGAGACGAGCGUGUUGGAGAAGUGCUAAGUGGUGGAAAUUAGGGAUGUGAGUGUGUACGCCUCCCGCAGGUCAAAGCGCGCACUGCCAGGGGAGCACACACACUCAGCAGCGCGUCUUUUCGUGGAAAAGUCCGUUUUAAUGGCACGAUUUAGAAAAAUAAUCAUCUGUAAAUAUUGAGCUUCUUUUUUUUUUUCAGACCGAGGUUAUGUCCUAAAAUGAAUUAUUUAUUUAAUGAAAUACCCAAAAUGGACAAAAGAGCGCAUAAAGUCGAGGAAAUUACGUUAGUGUGUUUUAUUUUAUUUUAUUGCCUUCAAUAAUCGUCCUCGAUGGUCACAGUAAUGUACUUUCUGCGUUUUUAUUCCCAAAUGAUGCUGAAUACAAUCAAGCAUUCCGAACGUGGCAGGCAACCACGUAUAGGUCAUACUUUGUUUGCCUUUGCGAAAAUGACAUUAAUAUAAAGUUUUUAUUUCCUCGACAGUGAUCCGAACGUGGCGGCGGACGGAUCACUUUUUGCAGCGGAGUCUUGGUUUUGUUCCGAGGCUCCAUUUCUAGUGGCAGAAAGGGGGCGGGGAUGAGAUAUUCAGAUGAGCCGGAGUGACAGCUCCAGUUUCCCCCAAUGCUCUGUGUGUGUCUGAAACUCCACUGGCUCCUUCCCUCCUAACUCCUCACUUCAUAGUGUUGCGUACUAAAAACAUCGGACGCUAGGGGAUCAAGACGCAUGCCACAUUGCCUCUAUGUGGGCACCUUAACAGAUCUUUGGGGGGUUUUUUUCCCAGUAAGGGGGCUGCGGAGGGAGGACUUUUCAUGUUCAUUGUUUGAUGACUGUUUGCACGGCUGAUUAUUGAGUUGAUUGUUUAUUAUUUUUGGCUGUUCUUCUGACUCACCGCCUUGCGCGUUUCCCCCCUGCUCUUUGUGGAAUCGGCGGCUUAAAGCCUACCGCGCACACCGAUGUCUUAUCCUCAGGGUUACCUCUAUCAGCCGCCAGGCUCUCUUGCUCUUUAUUCGUGUCCGGCUUACGGGGCCUCGGCUCUGGCAGCCCCGCGGAAUGAAGACUUGGCGAGAUCGUCCUCUGGCUCAGCCUUCAGCCCUUACCCUGGAUCGGCUGCUUUCUCCGCCUCGGCCGGUGCAGGCUUCUCCAGCCCACUGUCAUACUCCACGGAUCCAACCACGGGAUUCCCAUCUUACAUGAGCUCUCCAUAUGACGCACACACCACGGGCAUGGCCGGGGCAAUUAGUUACCACCCGUACGGAAGUCCAGGGUACCCCUACCAACUCAACGACCCGGCUUACCGCAAAAACGCCACUAGGGACGCCACGGCCACCCUGAAGGCCUGGCUGCAGGAACACAGGAAGAACCCGUACCCGACCAAAGGGGAAAAGAUCAUGCUCGCCAUCAUCACCAAGAUGACCCUGACCCAGGUCUCGACGUGGUUCGCCAACGCGAGGCGGAGGCUCAAGAAGGAGAACAAGAUGACAUGGGCCCCCAGGAAUAAGAGUGAAGACGAAGACGAGGAGGACGGGGACGGAGAGAGGAAGGAGGUGGAGCGCUCAGAGAAAAACCUGGACAACAGCGAGGCGUCAGCGGAGGAUGAAGGAAUCAGUUUGCACGUCGACACCUUGACGGACCACUCCUGUUCGGCAGAGUCCGACGUGGAGAAGGUCAGCUGUCGUGUGGGUGAGUUGGGCUCCGAACACGGCAGCGACAAAUGCGACGAUGACAGUGAGGACCAGAACCACGACCCGCGGGUCCAGCACUCACCCAAAGCCGUCAACUCGUCUCCUCUAACGGGAGUGGAAGCACCAGCUCUCGGCCAUCACCAUCCACACCACCAACACCACCACCACCACCACCAUCACAACCUCCACCAUCUCCACCAACUCCACAGCCAGCGAGAGGAUUUGGCCCGGAGCCUUGUCAGUAGCAACAACAUUAACGCCAGUAAACCGGCUUCAUGCCCGGACAGCAGGCCUCCGUCGGGGGCACCACAGAACCCUAAGCCCAAGUUGUGGUCUCUGGCGGAGAUUGCUACCUCGGACCAAAAGAAGCAACAUCAGCAACAGCAACCGGGCCAGCCUGGGCAACCAAAUUGCCCCUCCUCCAGCGGGGGCCUCCUGACUCCCCCUAGACCUUCCGCCACCUCCUCCCCGGCUGCCAGCUCCCCCUCUCUUUACUCGACCCCCUCCAUCCUUGCAAGACCUAUUUAUUACACUUCUCCCUUUUAUAGCAAUUACACAAACUAUGGCAACUUCAGCCCCCUGCCGGGCCAAGGCAUCCUGCGCUACACCAACUCGUCCGGAGUGAGUCUGGCUGCUGCCGCCGCUGCUGCCGCGGCUGCUGCGGCCGCUGCAAACGAGGGACUGAGCUCCUCACAUCAGGCUCCGGAGGCCGGCACAAAUCCCAAACACAGGCCUGAUUCGCCCCCCGUUAAAAAUAACCUCAGCCAGAUUUUUGCUGUUGAGCAGCAGCAGCAGCAACAGCAGCAGCAGCAGCAGCAUUUCAGAAGCGUACAUUUAGAAGCAAAGAAAGGUACGUAAUGCGAGAUGCGACGCACCUUGUCCUGCGAAAUCAUUUUUGGAAACUAAUUUAAUCUAAAAAAUAAAAAGACUCUUAAGAUUGUACUUUUUUGAAUGCUAAUGAAAGCUUUUCGAAACGGACAUGAAUGAAGUCCUCUCGAACCCAUGCAAAUUAUCAGAUUUUUUUUCUCUCUGUCACUUUCACUCGUUACACGUUUAAUGAGGCUUUUUUUCUCUCCCCCCCAAAAAAAAAAAUCGUACACGAUUUGCAAAUUUGAAAUUGAUGCAUAUGAAAAUAAAUACCAAUUUGAGGCACUGUCGAAGCGAGUAAACAUAUUAUGUUUGUUAUUUAUAAUUUCUUCAACAUUUUCUGAAAAUGACUAAAAUCCUACUUCUUCUACACGGCACUAUAUUUUCACCUUCAAGUGCGAGGGUCCCAAAAUUAAUUUCUACGAGGUGAGCUCAUAUUAGUGCAACAUAAAUAUGGACAUAAUAAUCAGCCCUUGAGGGACGGGCUUCAGAUCGGUCUCACCACGCACGCGCGUGCUCGUUUGAGGAGUGAGUAAGAGGAGGGAUGUUGCCAUAGGUUUGAUUAGGAAACACAGUUUUGAUAUUUCUUGUGUGUGUUUGAAGGCGAACAAGAGCGCGCACGUGCGCGCACACACACACACUUCAUUACACACACACUCUUAUCUCUCAGCACUGGAUAAUUAUAAUUAUAGCAGGUCAGCCAAAAGCAAACAGAUCAGUUCGUUUGCUCUGCGCAUCAAUCGCGCAAACACACAUCUUCAAAUGUCACUUGGGUAAUCGCAGUGGCAACUUUUCAACACGCGCACAUCUGCGCGCGCAUGCACACACACACACACAACCUUGCCUACGUGCAUGCUGCUGGAAUCCUUGUUUCUCAUGCUCUCUACAAGCAUUCGGACGACUUUAUCGUAUGGAUCUUUUUAUUUCCACGGUCUGCAGGUAGGUGUCACAAUUGCUUUGACUAUAAAGCGAGAGCUGGCACCAACUUGUAAUCUCACUCAUAACCCCCAGUAACCCACCUCUCACCAAACCGGAUCCAGUGCCACCACACAGCCGGAAUCAACGCUGCUAUACCGCCUCCUCACUGGCUGAGUCACUCCAGCACUCUGUGUCAUUUGAAUUUUUUUGUUUUUGUUUUUCUGAUCCUUUGCGGAUAUUAAUUUAAUAUGCUAUUUGGGGGGGAAACUAAGACAACAGCGUUGCUUUGUGUUUUUACAAGUUAUUUCUCAGGUUCCAUGUAGUUUGCUUAUUUGCCACAGUAUAUUAUUUAAUUUAGUCAACAUUUGCGUGUGGAAAUCAUAAUUUGGCCUUUCUGUGAAGCUGUGUUUGUUAAAAGAAAAUCAGACAAAAAACGGAGGUGGAGUGAACUUCAAGGGACUUCAAAGUGGAAAAGCCUACAUUUGAUAUUUAUUUUUUUAAAAUGAGGGCGAAAUGAUGCCUAUAAUUUAUGCAAGUUGUAUUGCAAAAUGGAAAACUGACACCAUCCGAUUGCGUCAUAUAUAUACAUAUGCAUAUGCAUAUACAUACACGUAUGA